AUGAGCAGUACGAACCCUCUCGCCACUCUCUCAUCAAUCAAUGACAAAAUAACAGAUAAACACAAGAAGAUAUUCCACCUGGUGACGAGCAUAAUUAUUUCAGCAUUUUCACUAUUCUUGUUUUUCUACCAUUUCACCGUGGGUGUUAUUUGGUUUUCAAACUUAAUGGUUGGUUAUGGAAUGUCUGAUGUUCUAAUGUUUGGAUUAAAUUUCCUGACACUAUCUUAUGGAGUUACAGGAAUUGUUGGUGUAGUUCAUCAGACUGUGGAUGAUAGCAAUAGAAAGGCCUUGUUACAGUAUAAUGUAUGUGGAUGUAUGAUAGGAUUACCAUUCCUUAGUAUUUGUUUCUUCUUCAUUGCUUUAACAGAAUAUGGAUACUCUGUUAUUAAUAAUACUUCUAGAUUAACCAUGUUCAGGGCAAUUACUCCUGGUUUGAACUAUGCUCACACAACUCUCGCCUUGAUUUUGUCAGUCUUUAUUGCCAUCUUGGCAAUAGUUAGUUCAAUAAGUGGCUUCAUGUACUAUCAAGUGAUAACCAAGCCAAAACCAACUCCACAACAGCAACCUUCCUAUCCUUCUUCAGUAGUUGUUAUUCAACAAUAA